AUGCAGUGCGCCGCCGAAGCAAUCCUGGGUAUGCUGUUCUGCUGGAAAUAUAUCGAGUUCUUUGUGCUGAAACGGCGGCCACAAGCAGGCAUAGUGCAGCUUGCCUUGAGCUGGCUUGGAUUGGUCUGGUUGACCACGCGCCGCAUCUUCCAAGUGACGAAAACCCCGCGGUUUCUGGGCCUCAUGGGGCCCCUCGGGCCGAACAUUCGAGUCGUGGGCAAGAUGUACACAGAGCCUCUCAUCAAGCUCGACGUGCUGGUUCACAACUGUGGGAUCUUCUAUGGCCAGCUUCAAAUGGAGUCAGCCGAGCCUUGCUUGAGAAAGGUCCUCUGCGCACUGCUGAAGAUGCCAAUCAGCCGCCGCGGGCAAAUUCUCGCACAGGGUCCCGUCGGGAUCUUCAAGAUGUGGCGCGAGAGAGGAGACACGUACAACUUGAUGAACUACAUCUCACAGGUUUGCUACCUGACGCCCCUCGCCACGCUGAACCCAAAGAUGGGCAAGUGCCUCAUGUACAACGAGAAGGUGGCAGGUGAGAAGGAUCCAGACGACCCCCCAGGCUCGCGUGUAUGCUGUCCUCACACUCCGCCGCCGCCGAUGAUGGGCAAUGCCAAGAGCAUCCUGGAUCGCUAUUGCAAGCGAAUCAAAGGAGAACUGAACGUGUACGGCCGAAAGCUGGUGACAAGGCCAUCCAGAUGCAAAGACCUCUUUUGCGGGCGCGGAUGCAACUGUGGUUGUGAGUGUUGCUGUUGCUGCCAACUAGACGAGCUGCUCACGGAGUUCAUCGUCACGACUCACCGGAUCCUCGUCGAGCAACGCGCGGCACAGCGGUACUGCCGUUGCACGGCCAUGUGUCGGAAGACUCCCAGCAUCCGGGUGACCUUCCUGGCACACAAUCAGGCCGCCGCCUACGUGGGCCUGAUGCCGGUGAAGGCCCUCACGCGCACCAAAAUCCAGCAGGACUUCACUAUCAAGCUGCUGCAGCAAGGUGCACGUGAAUACCAACAAGGCCUGAUGCUCCACCAAAAACCGUAUGUCAUUGCUGGAAAGAAAGACUUACCGAUCAAGCACAAGGUGUGGGUUCCUCACAUCAACAUGAUCUUUGACAUGUUGACGCAGAAGGCUCCUUUCCACGAGGAUAGCUCAGGAGCCGAAGAUGAUUCCGACGAAGAAGAGUUCUACGAGCAGAUGAAGUGCCGACAAGCCCCUAUGCCCCCGAUCGGCGUCAGAUUGAAACUGGGAGAGGUCGUCGUGGCACAGAGCCCGAAACUCUAUGAGAUGCUGGAGACCUUGCCAUUGACGGAGCUGCCUAAGGAGAAAAUCCGUGCGGCGGUCGUCCGCGUCGAUGAACGCAUUUCCCAGGAGGUCUGGCGAAGCAUCCUCCAGUUCAUCUAUCAAGGCACGAUUCUUCAAGAGCAGUGCACCUAUCUGCACGAUGUUGCAAGGUGCUUCGAGCUGCUGUUCGCCGUGCUCCUCUUUCGGCUCCCGGAGCCCCUGCUGCGCCUGGCCAUGCACUCUCUCUAUGUGCUGCUGCCAGUCAGCAAUCCCAUGUGGGCUUUUCAGGUCUUCCAACUUUGUUCGCAGAAGGAGCACUUCGAGAAUCAGGAGCUUCGACCAAUCCGAGAUGCAGCGGCUGUGGUCCUCAUGCAUGCAGCGCUGGACCCUCAGAGCAGCCUCUGGCGCAGGACUGCCGUGACAUAUAUCUAUGCAAAGGCGUACACAAGAGGCGAAGAAAAGACAACCGCCAAUCUUCAGGGAUGCCAUGCCACGGACUGUAUGGCCUGGCUACAUUUGCGCUAA